UGAUAAAAUGUUCCCAGUGUAUGGCUUUGGAGCCAGGAUACCUCCGGACUAUAAAGUAUCUCAUGAUUUUGCAAUCAACUUUAAUGAAGAUAAUCCAGAAUGUGCAGGGAUUCAAGGGGUUGUAGAAGCAUAUCAGAAUUGCCUCCCGAAGCUUCAGCUUUAUGGGCCAACCAACAUUGCUCCCAUCAUUCAAAAGGUGGCUAAGUCAGCCUCAGAAGAAACAAACACCAAGGAGGCAUCGCAAUAUUUCAUCUUGUUGAUUCUGACGGAUGGGGUCAUCACAGACAUGGCUGACACACGUGAAGCCAUUGUACAUGCCUCUCACCUCCCCAUGUCGGUCAUCAUUGUUGGAGUUGGAAAUGCUGAUUUCAGUGACAUGCAGAUGCUUGAUGGGGACGAUGGCAUCCUGCGGUCUCCCAAAGGAGAACCAGUUCUACGAGAUAUUGUUCAGUUUGUGCCAUUCAGAAACUUCAAACAUGCAUCCCCAGCUGCGUUAGCAAAAAGUGUUUUGGCUGAAGUUCCAAAUCAAGUGGUCGACUAUUAUAAUGGCAAAGCGAUUAAACCAAAAUGUAUGUCAGAAUAUGAGUCUUCCAGGACACUAGCUCCAUGAACUUCCCUGGACACUUGACAGAGUACAGAAAUACUACUAUUUACAAUUACUGUACUUAAAAUGAAAAUAGCACGUUUUCGUGAUUUUUAUCUCAAAUUCCCCUCCCUUUUUUUUUUUUUUUUGCAUGUGUAGCCUAAAGGCUUGCAGGUAAAGAUUAAGCAACUGUAUUGUUGAAGACUUUUUAUGAAAAACAAACAAAAUUAUUACUCUUUACAUUACAGCAUGUCAUCAUGAAACGAAAAGUUAUCUGUAUCUGUUUUUUAUACAGGUUUGUUGAAAUUUUGCUAAAUUUCUUAUUAUCUUUACACUGUAAAGCAUUUUGAAACAUUUAUUGGAAGUUGAUAGCCAAAAUAUCUUUGGGUUUAUCUGCUAUGAAAUGAAAAGAUUUUUCAAAAUGGCAGACGCAUGGAUUGUAUUUUGCAUGUU